GUGAAGCAUCCCCGCAAGCGCCUGUACCGUGCCCGCGCCCAUAGCAAUCCGCUGAACGACGCGAACUUCGAUGUGCCUGCUCACCCGGAUCAAUAUGACUGGCAACCAGAAGAGAAUGCAGUCACAGCUUCAUCAUCAGAUGAAUCACCUGCCGUGAGGUUUGCAGAUGUGGGCUGCGGCUUUGGCGGUCUGCUGGUGAAACUGGCUCCGGUCUACGCAGACACCCUCAUGUUGGGCAUGGAGCUGCGUGACAAGGUGUCAGAGUAUGUGAAGGAGAGGGUGCUUGCCCUCCGAAGAGAGAACCCAGGGCAGUACAGCAACAUAUCCUGCCUGCGGACCAACGCUCAGAAAUACCUGGUGCAUUACUUCAGAAAGGGUCAGCUCACCAAGCUGUUCUUCCUCUUCCCGGAUCCGCAUUUCAAGGCGUCCACGCACCGGAGGCGCAUCAUCAGCACAGCGCAGCUGGCGGACUAUGCGUUCCUGCUGGCACCCGGGGGCAUGCUCUACACCAUCACUGAUGUGCCCGAACUGGGCGCCUGGAUGCGCGAAAAGGGGGAUGCGCAUCCACUGUUUGAGCGUGUGAGCGACAAGGAGCUGGAGUCAGAUCCGGCGGCAUGCCUGCUUGCUUCUGCGACUGAGGAGGGCCAGAAGGUUGCGCGCAACUCUGGACAGACGUGGAGGUCCGUUUACAGAAGACUAGGGACACCGACAGGUUGA